CCUCGCAUGCUGACUUAACCUGCUCCCUCCAAAACCCUCGCACUGUCACACACACGCGCACACGCACACGCACACACUCGCGCUCUCUCUCUCUCUCUCUCUCAAACUCACCCAUCUCUUCCAAGAUGAUGAAGCUAUCGAGAUUGCUGCAGCAGUCCAGAGAUGCUUCAAGGUUGCAUGCUCUUACAUUUCAGGCUGGCAUUUCAACUGCUAGGCAGGAUCUUACUGCAAACGAACGUAUAUAUGCUCCGUACUGUGUUUUCAAGGGAAAAGCUGCACUCUCAGUUGAACCUGUCCCGCCAACUUUCACUAAAUUGAAUUCAGGGAAUGUUAGAGUUGAACGCCGUGGUAUUAUGAUGUUGACUUUCAUGCCUGCCAUUGGUGAGCGCAAGUAUGACUAUGAAAAGCGGCAGCAUUUUGCUUUGUCAGCAACAGAGGUUGGUUCUUUGAUUAGCUUGGGUCCCAAAGAUUCUUCUGAAUUCUUCCAUGAUCCUUCAAUGUUGUCAAGUAAUGCUGGACAAGUGAGAAAGAGCUUAUCAAUUAAGCCACAGGCAGAUGGUGGUGGUUAUUUUGUGUCAUUAAGUGUUGUUAAUAAUAUUUUAAGAACCAAUGAGCGGUUCAAUGUUCCUCUCACAGCUGGUGAAUUUGCAGUUUUGAAGACAGCUUGCAGUUUUGCAUUGCCCCAUAUCAUGGGUUGGGAUCGGUUGACAGCUAAGCUGCCCAAAGAGAGUGUGGGAAGUCCAUCGAAAGCAAAUCGGCAAGAGCCUGAUUUAGAGUGGGCUAAGUGAAGUCAUACAUAUCUUUCUGCAGAAUGUUGGGUGCACUGCUUGAUGUUACUACCUCUUGCUUUGUAGAUUUAGAGCAUCGACUCUUGGUUUUGUUAAACAAAGCAUGCAUCCUGUUUUUCUUCCUCCGUAAUCAUUUUAUGCAAUUAGCUUGUAAAUACUCCAACUGGCUCGUUCAAAAUACAAAUCUAGACUCCGUUUCAUGGAAAA